GAUCAGCAUAGCCUGCAGCUGCAGUGAUUUAACUUUUGGUGGCGUGCACCCCGGCGGCUGCACCAGAAGGCAGCGCCUUUGUGACUCGGUUGUGGCUGUGAUAUGGCGUCUGCAGCGGCGCCUGAGCUGGCUGGCCGGCUGGGGGGCGGGCCUAGUUUGCCGACCGACAGGAGGGGAUGGCUGCCCGUCAGCCACCACACCGCACAGAGGCAACGCCAGGGGCGGAGACGGCAAGCAGAGCAGCCCACGCAGUGUCGUGCGGGAGGGCGCAACCGCAACCGCGUGCAGGUGCGCAGCGACGGCUACGAGCACCUGGGCAGCUCGCAGACCAUGCGCAACAAGCGGCAGUUCCCGGGGCCGCCGCCGGGGCAGGGCCCUCCGCUGCGCGUGCUGCCCAUCGGCGGGCUGGGCGAGAUCGGCAUGAACUGCAUGCUGAUCGGCGUGUACGACCGCUACAUUCUGGUGGAUGCAGGCCUCAUGUUCCCAGACUUCACCGACCUGGGCAUGCAGAAGAUCCUGCCGGACACCUCCUUCCUGGCUCAGUGGCGCGACAAGAUCGAGGCGGUGGUGAUCACACACGGCCACGAGGACCACAUCGGCGCGCUGCCCUGGGUGUGGCCCGCCCUGGACCCCUCCACCCCCAUCUACGCAGGCGCCUUCCCCAUGCAGCUCAUCAAGCGCCGCCUGCAGGAGUUCAACCUGUAUGACGAGGGGCGGUGCCACGUGAUCAGCAUGCGCCAGAACUUCCAGCUGGGCCCCUUUGACUGCACCCCCAUCCGCGUCACACACUCCAUCCCCGACUGCUGCGGCCUGGUGCUGCGCUCCGACCACGGCACCAUUGUGCACACCGGGGACUGGAAGAUUGACGAGAACCCGGUGGAUGGGGAGUCGUUUGACCGCCAGGUGUUUGACGAGAUAGGGCGCGAGGGCGUGUCCCUCUUCAUGUCCGACUCCACCAACGUGCUGUCUCCUGGGCGCACCACCAGCGAGGCCGUAGUGGAGACGGCGCUGAUGAACCGCGUGAUGGGGCACCAGGGCAAGGGCCGCGUCAUCACCACCCAGUUUGCCUCCAACCUGCACCGCAUGGCGGCGGUGAAGAAGGCGGCCGACGCCUCGGGGCGCAAGAUCUGCUUCAUCGGCAUGAGCCUGGGCUUCUACCUGGAGGCGGCGGCGCGGGUGGGGCGUGCCCCCUUUGACCCCAAGGAGGUCAUCCAGGCGGCAAACCUGGAUCAGUACGACCCAAACGAGCUGCUCAUCAUCACCACGGGGUCCCAGCCGCCCGCCGCGCUGUCGCUGCCCGCCCGCAACCCCAGCCACAUGCUGAAGCUGCAGUCUUCCGACUUCUCCCUCUAUUCGCCCAAGGUCAUCCCAGGCAACGACACGCGCGUCAUGCAGAUGAUGAACCGCAUCAGCGAGAUGGGCCCCGAGAUUGCCAUGGGUCGCGACGAGAACCUGCACACCUCGGGCCACGCCUACAAGGGGGAGCUGGAGGAGGUGCUGCGCUACGCCCGCCCCCAGCACUUCCUGCCCGUGCAUGGGGAGUAUGCCUUCCUGUGCGCGCACGCGCAGCUGGCCCGCGAGAACAACAUCAACUUUACCUCCGUCAUCCGCAACGGCCAGAUGCUGGGCGUGGCGGACCGGCGCAACCGCAACACGGUCAGCAUGGGCAGCGCGGCGGGCAUCCCGGGCGCCUCCAUGGCGCUGCUGGGCGAGGCGCAGCUCACCAACUUCUACAACGACGGCAACAAGGGCACGGGCACGGCGUCGGAGAUGGCGCUGGAGGAGCGCCAGCUGCUGGCGGUGGAGGGCAUCGUCAUCGCCGCGGUGGACGUGCUGCGCGACGCCGCCAUGGCCGCCUCCGCGCGCCGCCUGCGUGCCAAGGUGCGCGUCACCACGCGCGCCAUGUGGGUGGCGGGCGGCGGCCUGCUUGAGGAGCUGCACCGCGCCGCCAACGACGCCAUUGAGCGGCUGCCGGGCGACGCGCACCUGGCGGCGGUGGAGCGGGUGGUGGCCGACGCGCUGCGCCGCACCUGCAAGGCCUUCAACCAGCGGCGGCCAGAGGUGGUGGUGAUUGCGCACGAGGCGGACCCCCGCGCGGGGGCGGCGGCCAUGGCGUCAGCCACCCGCCGCCAGGCAGACUCGCCGCAGGGCGACCGCGGCGGCGGCCAGCAGCGCGGCCAGCGCGGCCGCUGGGGGCAGCAGCAGCAGCAGCAGCAGGGCGGGCGGCGCAUGAGCGACCGCGAGGCAGAGGAGGUGCUGGCUGAGCGCAAGAGGCGCAAGCAGGCGGAGCGCGAGCGGCAGCUGCUGGUGGCGCCCAAGGGCGGCGAGCUGGACGACAUGGGCGCGCCCUCGGGUGCGUGGGUGCCUGCCGGGGGCUGCUCCGGGCCUGUGUGCCGCGCUGCCCUAGGCUGCUCUGGUCGCCGGUGGCCGCCUGCAGUAGCUGGCAGGCUGAGAGAGCCGGCCGCGGCUUCAUGGGGUCUGCCUCGGCCCCGCCCGCCCAUCAUCCCCUCUGCCUCCCCAUCCUGCCUGCCUCUGCCCUGCAGAUGA